GCUCUGUCUGAGGUUGGACUAACAGGGAGAGAGCUCGGAGCCAGCAGCAACAAGAGAAGCAGCGUGUGUGUAUGUGUGUGUAUGUGUGUGUAUGUGUGUGAGAGAGUUUUUUAAGAGCAAGUGAGUAGCGCUCAGGGGGCUGUCAAGCUGAGAGGGAUUUAGGAUAACUGUGUUUAUAUGCUACUGAAAUAUAACUUACUGUCAAAGGACAAUCUAAACUUGUUUAGUGUCUAGCACUAGUUUGUUGACGUUGGUGUUUUUAUACAGCACAGGUUACUUUGGGCAUUUAAAUGUUUUUAGAUAUUUGAAAAUGUAAAGUACUGCUAUUUUUGUCCAUUUGGAUCGAAUGGAUGUAAUUUUGACAACUGGUUAUUUUUGCUGUUAGGCUACCUGACACUUUUCAGUGACUUUUCAGAGUAUCAUUUUGAAUUACAUCACUGUACUUGACUGAGUGUGUUGUGUCUAUUAUCAGUUGAGACCAGUAGUUAGGGGUAAUCUCCUUCUUUUUCUUGGUUUGAAUUACUGGUUAUCUCUGAGAAAGAGAAGACAGAGAGGAGAGAGAGGGAAAAGAACAAACAUUUACAGCACUGUACAGUGCAACGCAAAUAUAGCUUUUGUAGAAUGUUCUUUUAAAAUCAACCAGAUUAAGUUUACCGACACUACCACACACUCUCAGAAUGCUGGCUCCGUCUCUCCACCACCACCAAGUUGUUCUGGUUCUGGCUCUGUCUUUGUGGAUGACAUCAUACCGGGUCCAGUGUGCGGACCCGACUCCGAUGACCAUCUCCUACAGCGUGCUGGAGGAGCAGCCGGCCGGGACAAAGGUGGGCCGGCUGGCCGAUGACCUGCGACAGCGCGGGGAGCAGGGGUCGCCGGGAGAGGACUUCCAGGUCGCCGAGCGCGGCCAGGCCCUGCCCUUCGCCGUGUCGCCGCGGGGUGGGGAGGUGUCCACGCUGGGCCGGCUGGACCGGGAGGAGCUGUGCCGCGGCGCCGACCUCUGCCAGAUCGCCUUCAGCGUCCUCUACAGGAAGGGAGGGAACAUGCACUUCCUGAACGUGCGCGUGGAGGUGUCGGACCUGAACGACCACAGCCCCGCGUUCCCCAGCCCCGAGCAGGACCUGGAGAUCUCCGAGACGGCCGCUCUGGGCAUGAGGAUACCGCUGGAGCGGGCUGUGGAUCUGGACGCGGGGCAGAAUGGUCUUCAGACCUACACCAUGGCCUCCAAUGAGCACUUUGCGCUGGAAGUGAGAAGUGGCAGUGGUGGGACUAAGCAAGCUGAGUUGGUGGUGAUCAAGGAGCUGGAUCGGGAGGUCCUGUCCUCCAUCGAUCUAACGGUGCUGGCUUUCGACAAGGGAAGCCCACCCAGGUCUGGAAUGACCAACGUGAGAAUCCGCAUCCUGGACUCCAAUGACAACAGCCCAGUGUUUGAAGACGCAACACCCUCCGUGGAGCUCCCGGAGGACACCAGCCAUGGAACGGUGGUCAUCAACCUCCACGCUACUGACCCUGAUGAGGGAGCCAAUGGGGAGAUAGAGUUCUCCCUCAGCAAGUAUGCCUCAGCUGACGUCCAGAGGACCUUCAGCGUGCACCCCAAAACUGGGGCUGUGACCUUGGUGGGCCCAUUGGAUUAUGAGAGAAAAUCCUCCUAUGAAGUUGAUAUUCAAGCACGAGACAUGGGGCCCAACGCCAUCCCCUCACACUGCAAGCUGCAGGUCAAGCUGCAGGAUGUCAACGACAAUGCGCCAAGGAUACACGUCACCUGGAUACCACCUGACUCAGCCGUGGCGACGGUGUCCGAGGGAGCCCCCAAUGACACGUUCUUAGCGCUGGUCAUGGUUUCAGACGCAGAUUCCGGUGAAAAUGGCGAGGUGCGGGCCAAUCUCGACCACGGAUCGGGACACUUCCGCCUGAAGAGAGUCCAUGGAGACAAUUAUAUAAUUGUCACCAAUGGGACAUUGGAUCGUGAAAAGACAAUGGAAUAUAACCUGACACUUUUCGCUCGUGACAACGGCCAGCCCUCCCUGGCUUGUGUUCGCUACCUAACUGUUCGCGUGCUGGACGAAAAUGACAAUUCUCCCGUCUUCUCCAAGACUGUCUACAAAGCCUCCUUCAAGGAGAACAACCAACCAGGCUAUCAAGUUCUCACCGUGGACGCCAGCGAUGUUGACUUAGAGCUCAGCAGCAAGGUGUCUUACUCCAUACGUGAGUCCAACGAUCUGGGCGCGCCUUCGUUUUCUUUCGCCGUCCACCCCACCACUGGCGUGGUCACCGUCCAUCAGUCUCUGGACUAUGAGGAGUCUCAGGUCUACACCUUUGUGGUGGAGGCCAUUGACCACGGGCAUCCCCCUCUCACCAGCAGUGCUACAGUACUGAUCCAACUGCAGGACGACAACGACAACUACCCCGAGAUCGUCGAGCCCCCUCCUAAAGGCGGCGUGGCCAAGGUUAGCAUUCCCGUGAACGCAGAGAAAGGCGAGAUCGUGGCCGAGGUGGGCGAGCGAUCGGAGGAGAAGCCGAUCUACCUUCCCACCAAUCGAACCAUGAGGCAAAAACACCAAGGCUACCUAGCCACAGCCAUCAAAGCGCACGACGCGGACUCGGACAUGAAUGGAAAGAUCCACUUCCGUAUCGUUGACGGAAACCCCUCCCGUCUGUUCUGGCUGGACACCAAAACCGGCCAACUGUACGUGAACACCACCAACGCCACCGACCUCAUCGGCAAGACCUUCAAAGUGGGCAUCGCCGUGUCGGACAUGGGCACCCCGGUGCUCGUCACCCGCACCACUCUGGAAGUCACCUUCAUAAACCUCCUGGACCACCUCAAGAACUCCUCCCCAGGUCAGCAGGCCCAGCUCAGCUUCACCAUGCUCAUGGCCAUCUGCCUUGGAGCCUCCUGCCUGCUCCUGCUGCUAGCCGUCGCUCUUGUCACCACCUUCUGCCGCCCUCAGAAGAGGGACAACCACGCGUACAACUGCAGGCAGGCCGAGUCGAGCUACGCCAGCCACCCGCGCCGGCCCAAGAAGCACAUCCACAAGACGGACAUCCAGCUGGUGCCCGUGCUGAGGGGUCGCCGUGACGACCACACCGAGGAGGAGAUCCAGCCGCUGUCGUCUUCCGGAACUCCGCCGCCACCUCCACCGGUGGAGAUCCACCCCGAUGGCCAGUACACCAUGGCGCUCCCUCUAACCCCUCGCUCAGCCUACAGCCACCACGCCAUGGCUCCAGAUUUUGACCAGAUGUCCACACUCAGCCACACCAAGACCUUGAGGAAGCCUGGAAGCAUUGAGCUGGAUGGAUCGGUUCCACACACCCCAAGCACGCAAUACCGGACUCUACGCAAGGCACGAAACCUGUCCUCCUCCACCACAUCCUCAGGCUCUCAGACCGGAACUCUGAGGCGCCCCACCAACGUCGAAGUGCAUUCUGGGACACUGGAGGCCAAGCAGGGGAAUCUCUCUCCAUCCGCGUCCCAGGCCACACUGAGGAGGCCCAAGAACACAGACUCUCUGGGGAGGCAGGCCGAGCAUGAGCACAGGCAGAUGCUGAGGAACCUGGUGCGCCUUUCCAUGGCAGCCUUUGGAGACAACUGCCCCAUCGAGCUGUCGUCUGCUUCACCUGAAGUACAGCAGGUCUCCCAGCUGCUCUCCUUGCUCCACCAGGGCCAGUUCCAGCCCAGACCAAACUUCCGCGGCAACAAGUACUCCCACCGCACAGGCCGACUGACAGCGCAGGACGCGGAUUGGCUGAGCACCAAGGACAGUGGUCACGGGGAGAGCGAGGCCGGAGACAUGGACUGGGAGGCGGGUAGAGACUCACCAGUGGACCCCCUCCUGGAAGAAGGACUGCACAACCUCAUCAACAGCGCAGAUGACGUGUUUGGCGAUGUGACCGACCCCAGCUGGAUCGCCCGCCUCUCCCUCCCGCUGGCCGGCGACUACCACGCCAACAUCUUUACCCCCGACGGUCCCCAAUCCCCCGACAGCCGCCACGGCUCACAGAGCGGACCCGGCGACGACCCGUCCUCCUCCUUCUCCACCUUCGGCAAGAACCCGGACAAGGGCGGCCCGCUGGGCGGGGGAGCCCUGCUCUCGGAGGUCAGCACUCUGUUCGAGAUGCUGCUGACCCAGAAGGCUGACGCCCAGCCCCAGAGGCCUGCGGCCGAGGUGCUGUACAGACUCUCCGCGGCUUACCGCCGCUCCCUGGGCCUCGAUACGCCACCUAUGGGGGGUGGUGCUGGUGGGGGUGCUGGUGUUGCCUCGCCCUCACCGCUCGCCGCCACACGGCACCACCACGCAGUGGACAGUGACAAUUGGCCUCCUCCUCCUCCCCCCCAUAACAUGCACUCCUCUGGUUAGGAUCUGUGCAGAGCACAGGCGUCUAAAGAUUGUAAAUACUGAACAGACUAAAUCUGCCCUAUCGACUGCAAAAGCGUCAUGGAAUGACAACAGAGAGAAUUGAUUAUAGAAUCAUAUACUGUAGUAGAGAAUCUUUGAUUCCAACUUGGCGGCCAUAUUGGGAUCCACUCAGCUGACUCAAACAGUAAACAAUGGUGCACUAUUCCAUGACGCAGAAAUGAAGCCUAUCACAGUCACUGGUAUGACAAACUAAGGACAUCUUAGAACGUGUCUCCACGUUGAGACAUUUCUUUUUGCCUUUUUGUUUUGCAGGGUAGGUGUGUGUAUAUUGUGACUUUUCCAGAGAGCAAUUGUUUCUUCAGUGGCAUACUUUUGGGCUAAUUACCAGUCCAUGUAAGAAUGGGGUUAGUAGAGACAAAUGAAUUUUCAUUAGCCUUGCUUACAGACCGUAGUACCACAUUUCUCCAAGUGAGUCUGUGGUUCAUUUUUUUUUCUUUUAAAUAUUCCAUUGUUCUGGCUGCGGAAGCUGGGAAGGCUGCGGACUUGGUGAACUCCAUAGCAACAGGAAGACCCACACCUCCACCCCCACCUCCAUGCUUUGCUCAGCCUGGCCGAGAAAUUCAGGGACAUUUCAGCGGAUGUCGACCGCCAUUAGUCCCAAGGUCGUCAUUUUAGUUUUGAAAAGUGCUGGUGGGGACAGAGAUAGGACUUUUACGACACCCCAACUGGUUGGUCAUGUUUUUGGUUAAGGGUGGCCUGAAUAUACGUAAAUGAAUAAAACUCCAUACGUAUUCCAGUAUUGGCAUAAAUUAGAGGCCUUAAAACUGUACUUUGAGGUGCUAAAGAUAUGAAUACAGAACCUUGGUGUCCAACACAAUAUCUAACCUCCUCUCCUUUCCUUGUGCUUCUGGCCUUGUGCUGUGCUUUUACUUUUGCCAGAUAUCGAAUAAAACUUCUAUCGUCAAUGACGUCUUGCCUCACACCACAAGGGCAUAAGCAGAAUGAGAGAACCCUGAAUCCUUGUAGACAUGCCCCCUUCUCAGUGUCUGAUGAUGCAGGUGAUGUUUGUUGAACUGAGAACAUUUACAUGUUUUUUUAUUAUUAUUAUUUUUAUUACUAUAUGAGAGACAUAUUAUUGGUGCAUGUGAUGCUUUGCAAGAUUUGUGUCCACAAACUAUGUCCUAAAAUUCCCUCCUGAACUCUAACGAAUUAAAGCAUAAAGCUUUAAAGUGUUCACUCACAUACUCCUCGUGGUGAUCCACCAUUUGACCGAAUGACAAGUCCCCUUUGACAGAUUAUUUUUUGUUACCAUUAGACAAAGAUUUCAAGAGUAUUUUCAACAUGAGGAUGGGGGAAGUGUAUAUAUUUGUAAAAUAAGAAAAAGUGAAUGAACAAAACAAGUAUAACAUGACCUCAAACUCUGUUCUGCCCCUUAUGCUGUAUAUGAAAUGACAUUUAAUUUUAUUUGGGGCAGAUAACAUUAUGUACACAGAUGAAGACACCAUUGGGCAUUGCUUUUUAUAGAAAAUGAUACAAAGUGACAAAAAUGCAGUCUGUGUCACAGCCUAUGUUACAAACAAAACACUGAUUAACACAUUGAUUAUGAACAUGAUGUAAUAAUACAAUGUUAUUUAAAUCCAUGUCAAAAUAAAAAUGGGAAUGAUUUUUAACCAAGUUUUUUAAAUUGUGUCAACACCUGUGUAACUGCACCUAUAACACCCCAUAUACAGUACAAAUAGUUUCUUACAACUACACUUUUAAAUAACAUGACCUAGACGAAUGAGAUUUUCACAGACAUUUUGACACCCCACAUGGUAAAAAACGCAGAGCUAAUUCAACACUUCGUUCAUUUAGAGCUUUCUAGACUGUAUUUGGUGCCCAUGCUAAGUGUUGAAUUAACACUGAGGGUUUUUUACUGUGCAUAUCACCCACUACAGUCCUGAGGAGGCAACGGUGGACUGCAGCAGCUUGGUACAGCACCAUAAGUUUGU